AUGCCGCUCCCCCGCUACGCCUACACUGGGCCACUCGACUGUACCACCCCCACCAACCGUGAUAAUGUCCGCCAAAAAUCGGUUGUUAUCACGGGAGGUGCAAAUGGCAUGGGAGAGGUUUGUGUUCGUGAAUUUGCCGCUGCUGGCGCCUUCGUCACCUUUGCCGAUGUCGAUGAGAACCGUGGGAAAGCCAUCGAGGAAGAAUUGAACAGGAGCCAGGUUUGCUCAGUCUUCGUCAAAUGCGACAUCCGUGAUUGGGACCAACAGAAAGCCAUGUUUGAAACAGCCAAGAGCAAAAGCCCCAACAACAGUGUUGACAUAGUCAUUGCCAACGCUGGAAUUAGUCGCAGCUCUGGUGACAGCCUGUGGAAUCUGGAUGAUCCAAAUCAAGAGCCAACCAAACCCGACUUGAAUAUCGUCAGAGUCAAUCUGGACGGUACUCUGUACACCUGGAAGCUUGCCGUGCACUAUUUCAGAAAGCAACCUGAUACCGAAGACCGAGAUCGAUGCUUUAUCAUCACAGGAAGUAUGGUGGCGUGGAUUGACUCCCCAGGCAACUGGGAAUAUACAGCUACAAAAUAUGGCCUUAGAGGAUUCAUGAGGACCGCGCGUCGUUCUAGUUUUGAGCAAGGCAUUCGCAUAAACUAUGUUGCCCCCUGCUGGAUCAAGAGUGCCAUACGUACUGCGGAGUACGAGAAGUGGUUGGUUGAUCGCGGUGUCGAGUUCGGAGAGCAAAUCGAUGUGGCAGGCUGCAUGAUGAAAAUUGCGACUGACAAGUCAAUUAAUGGGCGCUCACUAAUGAUCACCCCUCGAUCCGUUGCCAAAGAGGGAUUCCAAGACAUCGACAGGGAUGAUUACAAGGAUAUUACGGAAGAUGAAUACUUCAAGAAGGUGCAGGAGUCCCAGCUUGUGAUUAUUGAAGACAAGUGGCUGGAUGACUAUAAAGUGAGAACAUACAAAGAUUAA